AUGAUCUUCUCACGAAAUAAUGAGUAUAUUAGAAAAGGAAAAGGAUUUAGAAGAUGCCAACCAAAUCGACUCCGUGUAUGGUUAUAUCUUGCAGACGAGGAAGACCUAGAUGAUGACGCGCUAGGUGAUUACGACAAUACUGUGCCCACUGAUAUCGCUGGGACGUAUGAAAUCCACACUGAUUUACCCGCAGAGCCUGAAAAUACGCAAGGUGAGCCCGGUCUUUCAACUUCGAAAAAGCCAAGACUGCCGAAGAAGUCACCAAAAUGUGUUCCAGACUGGAAAAAGUGGACUGUUGAAAAAAUACAAAAGAUGGUGAAUGUGCCACAGCUCCAGGUUAUAACAUAUUAUAAUAAAAACAUGGGGGACAUAGAUCUCCAU